AUGUCGCCGAUUCCAUCCACUUCACAUGGCAUCGAAGAAAAUAACGAUGAUUAUCGUUUUGAAGCAAGUAGACGUUGGAGUUUUCGAAGUUGGCCUAAAUCUUUCAUUGACCCUGUCAGUCUUGCAGCUGCAGGAUUCUAUUAUACGGGUGAAAUAGAUAGAGUGAGAUGCUUUGAAUGUGAAUUGGUGGUAAAUCAUUGGACAGACGGUGAUAAUCCAAUGCAGAUUCAUGAGAUGCGUUCUCCAGAGUGCAGAUUUAUCCGCAAUGAACAUUGUGAUAAUGUACCAGUUGGAGUAGAUCCUGAUAAAGUUCUACGGACUGAACGAAGAAAUAGAAAUAUACCUUGUCGUUAUGGUUUACAAUAUCAUGAGUCAUUUGAUUUUAAUGACCAUGGAUUUUUACGACAUUUAAGGUACCCAACGGCAUAUGAACUUAGCCGUUUGGGACUACAAGAUGUUAGGAAAGCUAAAAAAUUGAAAUAUGCUACUUACGAAUCCAGACUAAAUUCAUUCGAAUCAUGGCCUACACAUAUGAAACAGACAAGUGAGGAAUUAGCCGAUGCAGGCUUCUACUACACCGGAAUACACGAUUUCACCACCUGUUUCCAUUGUGGAAAUACUAAAUCUGGUUGGAGAGAUGAAGUUCCAUGGGAAGAGCAUGCAAUUUUGUCUCCCAGAUGUUGUUAUUUAUUAACAGUACGGGGCUGGGAAUAUGUUAAUAAAGUAGCAGGCAAGAAGCUAUAUGAAACUUAUGCAGAAGAACCGAUAGAAAUUGCAGAUGAGAAUCCGGAGAGAUCCAAUAGUGAAAAUGAUAGUAAUGAAAUGACUCUCCGAGAGAAACUUGCUUCCCUGGAAGAAGAAAAUCAGGCAAUGAAAGAUGCUCGUACGUGUAAAGUUUGCAAGGAACAAGAAUCGACGAUUAUUUUUUUACCUUGUGGGCAUUUAGCAACUUGCCAGUACUGUUCACCUGCUUUCAAAAAAUGCAUAAUUUGCGGAAAAAAUAUUAAAGCCAUUAGACGUAUAUUUUUGGCAUAAUGCAUGCACAUGUGUAAAUUAGCUUAUUCAUAUCUCUUGAAUAAAUUAUCUUUAUAAUUUUUUAAAAAUGACAUACACACAUUA